AUGGCGGCGGCACUCGGGCUGCUGGCGGCAGCAGGACCGGCAGCAGGUCCUGCCAGGCCCUGGGGGUGGCCGGCCCCCCCAGGCACACGGCUCCUCGGGCAGAGCUGCCGCCGGCCGGCGGGGCCACGGGCCGGCCCGGAGCCUGGCAGCGGGGGGCUCCCCGAGGGGGUGGAGUACAUCCCCACACGCAAGAAGGGCAAGAACCCGAUGAAGCCGGUGGGGGUGGCCUGGGCCAUCGGAUUGCCCUCCGGCAUCAUCCUCUUCCUCCUGGCGAAGCGGGAAGUGGACAAAAACCGUCUGGAGCAGCUCAAAAUCCGCCGACAGAUGAUGGAAGCCAACCAGGGCGAGUACAGCCUGUACGCCCGCACGCGGCUGGGCUACCUCUUUUACCAGCGGCAGGUGAAGAAGGCCCGGGAGCGGUACCCGCACGGCCACUCCGCGCCCCAGCCCUGCCUCUUCCCCGGGGUGAAAAUCCUGCCCAUUCCUGUGCUCUCCAACAACUACAGCUACCUGGUCAUCGACACUGGCUCCGGUCAGGCAGCCGUCAUCGACCCCUCCGACCCGCUGGCUGUGCAGGCUGCCAUUGAAGAAGAGGGGGUGAUUCUGGAGGCCAUAUUCUGCACCCACAAACACUGGGACCACAGCGGGGGGAACGCAGCGCUCCGCCAGCGGCACAGCUCCUGCAAGGUGUACGGCAGCGCCCUCGACGCUAUCCCAGAGCUCACCAACCCGCUUGUGGACAGGGAGAAGGUGAGCGUGGGCUGCCUGACCUUCAAGGCGCUUGCCACGCCUGGCCACACCGUGGGCCAUAUGGUGUACGUGCUGGACGGGGGGCCCUUCGGCGGCCCCCCCUGCCUCUUCUCUGGGGACCUCCUCUUCCUCGCUGGCUGUGGCAGGCUGUUUGAGGGCUCCCCUGAGACCAUGCUCGCCUCCCUGGACGUGGCCGUGGGCUUGGGCGAGGACACGCUGCUGUGGCCGGGCCACGAGUAUGCGCUGGAGUGCCUGACCUUCGCCAGCCUCCUGGAGCUGGACAACCCUGCGCUGGAGCAGAAGCUGCGGUGGGCAACACAGCAGCGGCAGGAGAAGAGGAGCACGUGCCCCUCCACGCUGGGAGAGGAGCAGACCUACAACCCCUUCCUGCGGACCCACCGGCCAGAGCUGCAGGCAGCGCUGGGGCUGCGGCGGGGCGGCGGGGAGCACCCCGACGCCUUCCGUGCUCGUGUCCUCAAGGAGGUGCGGAGGCGCAAGGACCUCUACAAAGCCACCUAGACCACCCCCCUCCCUGGACCCCCCCUUUCCAUGGGGCUGGGUGCUGCUUGGGCACGGGGAGCCUAAGACUGUGUUGUUUGUUUUGCUGUGAAUCUCCCUCCUGGGGUGCAGGGUUGGGGGGGGAAGAG